AUGAGACAAUUGGAGAGGAGGGACAGGCCUGUGGUGUGGCUUCAAUACCAGAAGCAGAAGAUGUUUUGGGAUGAAAGUUGGAUCAUAAGCUACAACAAAAUACUGUUUGCUCUUAAAAUUCAGGUGAGUGACACAACAGCAGAACUGCUCAACCGUCUGAAGGGUUACGUCCUGAUCUGCAGAGGAACACUGGAUCGAGGCUCUGCUUCACGCUUUCAUCUGUCCAAAAGGAACCAACUGAAUGCAGCUAAUCUGACCAGGAUCAGGUACGUCUGGAUGUCGGAUCAGUCCACGUGA